UAAACCUACGCUUCUUCUCUCCACUUUUUUCCAGAGUAAACUUGACGUGUCUGUGUUGGGUUUGUCUCCGAGAGAACCCAGACGAGGCCACUCACUUACCGCGACUGUUCUUCCCCUUGCUUUGUCUUACUUCCUCCUUGUUUGCCUUCUUUCUUCCUGUUUUGGCUCUGUCUUCAUUCCAUCAGAUUCCACCUCACUGCCCUCUACUGCUACGUCUUGUCCGUUUUCAUGUAUCUUCAUCUUCCUAUGCGUCUCUUUCUUCGCCAUUUUAUCUGGCUUUUGUCGUUCUUCUUUCCUCGGGAGCAUCUACCCCAGCGAGCGGGCCCUGUACCAGCCUUAUAAUUCACAGUUGCUCUAGUUGUUGACCUUCUGUGUGCGUGAGUGCGGUGUGUGUGUGUGUUGCAGUGCCGCCGCGCCUGGCGCCCUUCAGCUUCGCGGCGGGGACGCGGGCAGGGAUGCGCGCGCAGGCCACCUGUCUGGUGCAGGAGGGAGACCAGCCUCUGGCACACGCCUGGCUCAAGGACGGACACCCCCUCGACCCGAGUUUGGACGUCCGUACCUCCCAGCUGGACGCCUUCACCUCCAUUCUGGUGAUCGACCGAGCCACCGCCGCCCACACCGGCAACUACACUUGCGCUGCCACCAACGCCGCCCGCACCAUCACCACCACCGCCCGCCUGACCGUCAGCGUGCCCCCUGCCUGGGUGGUGGAGCCAGCCAGUGCCAGUGUGGCCCUCGGGGGCACCGUAGCCCUCCACUGCCUGGCGAAGGGCUUCCCCAACCCCACCAUCGCCUGGCGCAAGGAAACAGUGUCGGGAGAGUUCGUGGGCGUGGCCACGGGUGAAGGGGGCGUGGCCGGCUGGGAGAACGGGACCCUGGCGGUGAGUCGGGCGGACCACCGCCACGAGGGCCGCUACUUGUGUGAGGCCAACAACGGUGUCGGCGCCGGACUCUCCAAGGUCAUCACUCUCAGCGUCAACGAGCCUCCGUGGUUCGGGGUGAGGAGCCAGCGGCAGCAGGUGGAGGUGGGAGGCACCGCCACUCUCACCUGUGAGGCGCAUGGUGACGCUCCCCUGGCCCUCACCUGGACCAGGGGCGCCGCCCCCCUGCCCCCCAUCCCUAGGUACGAGGUGUCGGAGCGGCAGGUGGAGACGGGCCAGGUGUCGGAACUGGUGGUCAGGUCGUCCCACCUCAGUGACUCCGGGACCUAUGUGUGUACCGCCACCAACACCCACGGCGUCCUCACCGCCGACUUCCACCUCCUAGUCCAAGACGUGCCUGACCCCCCCUCUGGAGUGACGGUGGUGGAGGAGGGGUCACGUCACCUCACACUCACCUGGACGCCCCCCCAGGACUCCAACGCCCCCAUCACCGCCUACCUCGUCACCUUCGACGCCCAGCAGUCCCCUGGUGGUCCUCGAGAGGUGACGGUGGAGGGGGAGCAGCAGAAGGUGCGGCUGGAGGGUCUCCUGCCCGCCACAACCUACACCCUGACGCUGGUGGCUGAGAAUCGUGUGGGGCGUAGUCAGCCGUCAGCCCCUCUACGUGUCAGCACGCAGGAGGAGCCCCCGUCAGCCAGCCCCCAGAACGUUAUUGUGUUAGGGGUGUCGUCGACGGCGCUACAGGUGUCCUGGGACCCCCCACCCCACAACCUCACCCAUGGCGACGUCCUCGGCUACUAUCUGGGCUUCAAGGACGCCAGCGAGGGUGAGGGCGGGGCGUACAACUUCACGACGGUGGGCGUGGAUGGAGUGGGCGUGACCAGCGCCACCCUGGCCGGCCUCCGCCCGCACGCCCGCUACGCUGUGGUCCUUCAGGCCUUCAACUCCAAGGGCGCCGGACCCGCCUCCCCGCCCGCCCUCGCCACCACGCUGGAGGACAAGCCGAGUUCGCCGCCUGGUCACGUGACGUGUGAGAGUGUGACGUCAUCAAGUGUGGUGGUGACGUGGGCGCCGCCCCCCCCACGUCACAGGAACGGUGUCGUCAUCAACUACCGUGUUUAUUACGUUCACGUCUCCCCCCACGGUGGAGGCCGGAGUGGCAGCGUGGUGUCGGAGGGCCAGAGGGCCACCCUGGGGGGACUCGCCCCCUGGACCAACUACUCCCUCACCGUCGCCGCCGCCACCAGGGCAGGCGAAGGCAUCCAGUCCCACGCCAUCGUCUGUACCACCGACCAGGACGUGCCAGAGGCGCCGGCCCGCGUGAAGGCGGUGGUGUCGGGUCCAAGGGCGGCCGUGGUCUCGUGGGCGCCGCCCACACGCCCACAUGGGCGUAUCAGCCGCUACACUGUGCACUGGGAGCCGGCUGGUGGGCGGGGCGGCCCCCACAGCCGGCGUGUGGAGCCCCACCUCACCCACCUCACCCUUCAUGACCUGCCCCACACCACACACCAGGUCUGGGUGACAGCGUCGACCAGGAUGGGGGAAGGUCCGUCGAGCAGCGUCACAGUGGUCAAGCCUACGCACACAGUUCCCGCGGGCGUGUGGGCGGUGGGCGGGAACGUGACGGCGGCGUGGAAGGAGGACGUGAGUCUGGCGUGUGGAGCCGUGGGCGUACCGGAGCCCACACUAACCUGGACCCACCAGAAGACUCCCAUCCCGGACCCCCACGACAGGUUCCGGGUACAGCCUGACGGGACGCUGACCCUGGCUGACGUCCAGCGAGCUGACAGCGGCCGCUACACCUGCACCGCCACCAACCACCACGGCAGCGACACCGUCACCUACAACCUCACCGUCCUAGUGCCUCCGUCAGCGCCGUCACUGCACGUCACGGAGACCACGUCCUCCUCCAUCAGAGUCCAGUGGAGUGUUGAGGACAACGGGGGCGCCGCCCUCCAGGGAGCCACCCUCCACUACAGGUCUGCUGGCGGGGAGUGGGUUCGAGCAGCGGUGGACGGGGAGCAGCGGUCCUACACAGCCAGAGAUCUCCGCUGUGGGACGCUACACCACUUCUACCUCACCGCCCACAACCACAUUGGCACGAGUUCGGUGUCGUCGACGGAAGCGGCCCGCACCAAAGGUCGUCCUCCAGAGGCGCCGCCACAGUUCCAGUUCGUGACGACCAACAGCUCGCAGGCGACGCUGUACCUGGCCCAGUGGGGCGACGGCGGCUGCCCCAUCACCCACUUCAGCGUCCAGUACCGCCGGGACAUCACCGCCCACUGGACCACAGUGGGGAGUGAGGUGCCGCCCAGCCGAACCUUCGCUGUGGGCGGCCUGGAGGCGGGCGGCCGUUACCAGCUGAGAGUCACCGCCCACAACUCUGCUGGAGCCACGCCCGCCCAGUACACCGUCACCACGCCCGCCUAUGCCCACACAGGAGGCGCGGGUGCGGGCGCGGGCGGGGGCGUGUGGGGCAGCCAGGCCUCCAGCGGUCCGGUGUGGCGGGACCCGCGGGUGGUGGUGCCGGGAGCCGUGUCGGGUCUGGCGCUCCUCCUCACCCUCACCACCGUCUGCGUCUGCCUCAGGAAGCGUCCCGCCAGCACACUGUCACAGAAGGAGGUUCCUGAGGCAGCGACGGACGCGGGCGAGGAGAAGGCGUCGGCUAUGCAGGCGAGGGACGACGUGUACACGACCGUCAGGAGGCCGGCACCGACGCCUCCCCAGCAGCAGCAGCAGCAGGACCUCAGGGACAACACCGGAGAGUACAGCGAGGAGGACCUCUACCCUUACGCCACAGCGACCUUCCAGAUGGGAGGGGGCAGCCCUCCACCUCCCGCCCCGCCUUCACCGCCCACACACGCCCUCCACCCACAACCUCGCGGCCAGAAGGCUUUCACCGCCCUUGUAUACCAGGCGCCUUCCCUUCAUGACGUUGAUUCCCCUAACUUAAGCGAAGUGGAGAGUCGGAGUUCGGGGGUCGGGGUGCCGUACGAGACUUGUCGGGCCGAACACUACGGGGGGGUGAUGACCCCCUCCGAGGGCCUCCCCCACCCGCCCCCCCACCACCGCCGCCCCCCCAGACACCUCAGGACCAGUAGAAUCCCCCGCAACGUCCGCUUCCCCUGAGACUCGUCGACUCCACCCCUACCAACUCAAGCAGCAGCAGAAGGAGGAGCAGCUCAAGCAGCGCCUUCGUCAGCAGGAUCAACAGCAACAGUACUACCAGCAUUACCAACACCCUCAGCAUCACUACCAGCACCCACAGCAUCAAUCUUACCAGCAGCUGCAAGAACACAGCCAAGAACAGCAUUACCAGCACCCCCAACAGCAACAGAAUCAACAAAAUCCACUGCAACAGCAGCAGCAACAACACCCACUACAAGAUCAGCAACAGCAGCAGCAGCAGCAGCAGCAGCAGCCAUUACAACAGCAGCAGACCCUGAGGCCCAGCUGUCAUCCUAGGCAGGUGUGACGGGCCAAGUAUUGAUGACAAUAGUAUGGCGUUUGGCGGCGAUGGCAGCGUGGCUUGGCUGAGCAUGGCAGCGUGGCUUGGCUGAGCAUGGCAGCGUGGCUUGGCUGAGCAUGGCAGCGUGGCUUGGCUGAGCAUGGCAGCGUGGCUUGGCUGAGCAUGGUGGCGAUGGCAGCGGCGUGGCGGCGGCUGUGGUGGCAGGGGCGGUUGUGGUGGCAGGGGCUGGGAAACUAUCCACCUCCAUCAUUCUUCAGGUAUUCUGAUGUCAGUAACACCGCAACUAUCAACCAACUUGACGAGCGGUCGGUAAACCUGACGUCCAGUCGGUAAACCUGACGACCCGUCGGUAAACCUUACACCGACGUUCAUGGAGGCGGGUUUACGCAAGCUCUUUUUUCCCUAGGCUGGAGUUGUUGACGAGAAAUGAGACUGUACGGUAUAUUUUUAUUUGUAGUCCUGCCAGGAACCUGGAGGCACUGACGCCAGGAACCUGGAGGCACUGACGCCAGGAACCUGGAGGCACUGACGCCAGGAACCUGGAGGCACUGACGCCAGGAACCUGGAGGCACUGACGCCAAGAACCUGGAGGCACUGACGCCAGGAACCUGGAGGCACUGACGCCAGGAACCUGGAGGCACUGACGCCAGGAACCUGCAGGCACUGACGCCAGGAACCUGGAGGCACUGACGCCAGGAACCUGGAGGCACUGACGCCAGGAACCUGGAGGCACUGACGCCAGGAACCUGGAGGCACUGACGCCAGGAACUUGAGGGCACUGACGUCAGGAACCUGGAGGCACUGACGCCAGGAACUUGAGGGCACUGACGCCAGGAACCUGGAGGCACUGACGCCAGGAACCUGGAGACACUGACGCCAGGAACCUGGAGGCACUGACGCCAGGAACUUGAGGGCACUGACGUCAGGAACCUUCGGACACUGACGCCAGGAACCUUCGGACACUGACGCCAGGAACCUUCGGACACUGACGCCAGGAACCUUCGGACACUGACGUCAGGAACCUUCGGACACUGACGCCAGGAACCUUCGGACACUGACGCCAGGAACCUUCGGACACUGACGUCAGGAACCUUCGGACACUGACGCCAGGAACCUGGAGACACUGACGUCAGGAACCUUCGGACACUGACGCCAGGAACCUUCGGACACUGACGCCAGGAACCUGGAGACACUGACGUCAGGAACCUUCGGACACUGACGCCAGGAACCUUCGGACACUGACGCCAGGAACCUUCGGACACUGACGCCAGGAACCUUCGGACACUGACGCCAGGAACCUGGAGACACUGACGCCAGGAACCUUCGGACACUGACGCCAGGAACCUGGAGGCACUGACGUCAGGAACCUUCGGACACUGACGUCAGGAACCUGGAGGCACUGACGCCAGGAACCUUCGGACACUGACGCCAGGAACUUGAGGGCACUGAGCUGCUGCUUCAAGGAGCUGUCGUGAAGGACGUUGAUGUGCACCUGCUGACCCACUUCCCCCUGAGACCUUCCUGUGAAUGCUGACAUUACAAAUCACGGCCAAACGCUCACGUAAGGGUGUGAAGAGUCCUGUGUGGUGAUAAACGUUCCAUUGUGUCAAGAAAGGUGCUCAAUCAAAACGCAUUACAUAAGCAUUUAAAAGAAAAAAAACUCAUAUUUUAACAGUCCUGUUAGGUGAUACAUGUUACAUUUAGUGAGUUAUUAAAUGUUGUAUAAAAUAAAUUAGAUUUUUAGAUUGGAAGAACUGAUACUGGAAGCACGUAUUCUGUGUUCGAAGUCCACCUUAACAGUGACACAUCGAUCCACUCAAGAACAUUUGUGAUGAUUGACUUGAUGUGUUGACCAAAGACUUAAACUAUAUCACUUUUUUGGUGUGUUUACAAUUUACACAGGCUUGGUGACCUUGCCUAGUGCUACCUGAUUAUUGACCAGGAGCUAACUGCUGACCAGGAGCUGAUUGUUGACCCCCGUCCCCCGGUCGCUCCUGUAAGGUGUUCCAAGAAGCGUGCUAAUAUUUUUUGAGAUAUAUACAAGAGUUGUUACAUUCUUGUACAGCCACUAGUACGCGUAGCGUUUCGGGCAAGUCCUUAAUCCUAUGGUCCCUGGAAUA